AUGACUUCGACCACCGAUAAUAUCCACAAUACGAAAGAAUCGUCUUCGACCUCCACUGCCAUCCAUAUAGAGGUUCCAAUGGUCAUAGUGCGAGAUUAUGCUCUCGAUCCCUAUCCUAGAAUAUCAUAUCUCACAAAAGCAAUUUCGAGAGUUCCUACAGAGAUCAGUCUAUUUGGACCAGAGGAAGAAGCAGACUUUGCAGUAUGUGACUCCCCCAAAAGCUUAAGCGACGUCGAGGGUGGUUUUCCUGUCAAAGAAGAUAGGAAGUUGAAACGACGAAGACCUGCAUCUGUGACAUCGCAGCCCACUUCAAUCUCUCUGAAAGGAAUCAAAUCGAAUUAA